AUGCCUGUUCCUACUAACUUACCUCAUAAACACCACGACGAAAUUAACGAUCAAGGUUUCACUGUUGUCCGCAACUUUUUAACACCACAAGAGAUUGAACGCUACAUCAAAGCAAGUGAAGAUUUAGUUGAAUAUUCUCGUGCCGGAAACUGGCCCCAUGUAAGAACUAGGGGUAAACAAUUCCCACCAUGGCCUAAAAAUUUCAGUCCUGACAUUUGGGGAGUUACUGGUUUACUCCAUCCAGAUUUAGGUGAAUUAUCAUAUCCAUUUCAUGAUCUUUAUGCUAAUGAAAAGAUUUUAGCCCUUGUGUCUGAUAUACUUCAAAUUGAUAAACUGGAAAUAUCGAUGGAGUUGUUAAACAUGUUGAUUAAUCCAUUGACUGAUUUUGACUUGGAUUGGCAUCGUGACACUAUUAAACCGGAAGUAACUCCGGAACAAGAAGCUGAAGAAUUGUUGGAAAAUCCAUUUGCUGGAGCUCAAUUCAAUUUGGCUUUGACUAAUGAUGAUUGUCUUAUUGUUGUCCCUGGGUCACACAAGAGAGUGCGUACACAAGAAGAAAGAGACAAGACGGUUGAUGAAUCAAGAAGAAAAGAACACAUUACUGAUCAAAUCACUGUUAAUUUGAAACCGGGCGAUAUUGUAUUUUAUAAUAACAACGUCUUACAUCGUGCUUCUUAUUCUUCAAAGAAUAAGAGAUUGACUUUACAUGGAUCGUAUGGGAAUGUCAAAUAUGGUAAAGCUAGAGCCAAGGGGGUUUUACAACAUGGUGUUGCUGAAUGGUUACCUCGUUUACAACCAAAGAAUGAGGAUUUGGAAAUGUUAAAGUCAAAAUUGGUUGAUUUGGCAAAUCAAUUUGAUGGUGUCAAUUUAGGAUUCGCUUUAGAUGGAUGA